GACAACAACCUUAACAAGAAACCCUUUAUUAAUCCUCCUGUUUCAUCACAUGGGUGUCUCAAAAUUUUCAUCUUUCACAGCAUGAACAUUACAAAGCCAUGCUCUCACCAUUUUCUAAGCCGGCUUUCUGUGUAAUCUGUAUGUGUAUGCUAAGUAGCUAACUUUUUCUUUUUCCCUCAGACAAACCUCUAUCUGUAUCUAAAAAUUCAUGGCACCCUCUAUUAUUUUCUCUCUGCUUUCCCUUCUGUUGGUUCCAACAAGUGGUUAUGUGCAGCCCCCUGAAGAGGGUUUCAUCUCUGGGGUCAUAUCUGACAAGGGUCUUGAUUAUGCCAAGGAGUUGCUGAUAGAGAAGGGUAUUGCCUCCAUUGUGAUGCUUCAGCUGCCAGAGAUUGAGAAUUCUGCCCAAGUCCCUUUUGUUGGAAACGCUAAAGUGGUUCUUUCUGACAUCACAAUCAAGGAUGUUCUAGUCAAUUCUUCAUCUGUUAAGACUGGAGAGAGUGGUGUUGUUGUAGCUGUUUCAGGUGCCACUGCCAAUUUGAGUAUAAGGUGGAGGUACUCUGUCAGCUCUUGGUUAAUCCCAAUUGGAAUUUCAGAUAGUGGGAAUGCUUCAGUAGAGGUUACAGGUAUGCAAGUGGGACUUACAGUAAAUUUAAGGAACCAAGAAGGAUCUCUAAAGUUAACUCUCUUAGAUUAUGGAUGUUAUGUGGGAGACUUAUCUAUAAAGUUGGAUGGUGGGGCAUCUUGGCUUUACCAACUGCUAGUAGAUGCUUUUGAAGGGAAUAUAGCAUCUGCAGUUGAAGAGGCAAUUUCAGAGAAAAUAAGAGAAGGAAUAGAGAAUAUUGACAAUUUAUUGCAAUCUAUUCCAAAGCAGAUCUCACUAGACAAAACCUCUGCACUAAAUGUUUCUUUUGUCGGCAAUCCUGUGUUGAGUAAUUCCUCUAUUGCAAUUGCAAUUAAUGGCUUAUUCACAGGGAAAAAUGAAGCUUCAGUACUUCAAGGUUACCAGAAAGGAUUGAAGAUUUCUUCUGCCUGUGGUGGUUUACCAAAGAUGAUAAAGCUUUCAAUACAUGAAAAUGUGUUCAAAUCUGCCUCCCUGGUUUACUACUAUGCAGGUAAAAUGCAAUUGAUUAUUGAUGAACUGCCUGAUCAGGCCAUUUUGAACACUGCUGAAUGGAGAUUCAUAGUUCCCCAAUUAUACAAGCGAUAUCCAAAUGAUGACAUGCAGCUUAAUAUCUCUGUAUCUGCGACACCAUUUAUACAAGUGACCUACCAACAUGUUGCUGCAACUAUUUUUGUAGAUAUAACAAUUAAUGUUUUGGAAGACGGCGAGGUCAUACCUGUUGCAUGCAUCUCAGUGGAAAUUAGUGCUUUAUGUUCUGUGGAAAUUGUAGGAAACAAUAUUUCCGGAAGGCUCAAAUUACAAAAUUUUUCUACAUACUUGAAAUGGAGCAAAAUAGGGAAACUGCACAUGAAUCUGAUCCAGUCACUAAUGUCAAGUGUCCUCAAAACCGUCAUUCUUCCAUACUUGAACUUCAAAUUAAAUAGAGGAUUUCCAUUACCAAUUAUUGAUGGUUUUGGCUUUCAGAAUGCAAAUAUCUUGUACACUCAACCAUGGAUUGCGGUCUGUAGUGAUGUUUUCUUAGAAGAUUACUACUAUCUAGGUCAACACUCAGCAUAUGCUUCAUAAAAUAAAACUACAAUGAAAACUUGUCUGCUGUAUAUUUGUGUUAGAUGGUUGUAAAGUGUGAAGAAGAUAUAUAUAGAAACCCAUUUUGUAAGUUACUUGUGUACAUAUCACAGUUAGUGUACCUUUUGGAUUUAGCCUUGUAAACACGCCAUCCUGCCAUGAAGAUUACUUGUUGAAAAUUUAUGCCAUUAUUUUUGUCA